AUGCAUCGUCUACUUCGCAAAGACGUGCACUUCGACUGCGAUAACGCUGCGAAAGAGAACUUCGCGGGAGUAAAAAGACUUCUAGCAUCCCACAAGGUCAUCCGAAUGUUUGACCCGACGCUACCUGUCAUUGUCGCAACAGAUGUCUCUGCGUACGGUCUCGGUGCCGUACUGCAGCAAGUGGAAGGGUCCCAUGUGCGUACUGUGGCAUUUGCAUCGCGGACAUUAACAGAAACAGAACGAAAAUACUCGGCCGGAGAGCGCGAGGCCCUUGCCUGUCUGUGGGCCUGCGAGAAGUGGCACGUUUGCCGCUGGGGCAGAUCAUUUACUCUACUGAGGGAUCACCAGGCUUUGGUGGCACUGCUCUCAUCCCGUAGCACAGGACAGUGGCCACUUCGUAUUGCAAGGUGGACCGCACGACUGCUGCGCUACAACUUCAAAAUACAGUACCGCAGCGGAGCCCACAACCAGGUAGCAGAUGCCUUGUCCAGACUGCCCAUGCCAGACACAGAAGGGGGAUUCCAUGUUGAUGAAGAGGUUGUGUCCUUGGUUACAUCGUCUGUACAUCGGGAGAAUCUUCAGGUUGCUACCGCGGAGGAUGACAUACUACAGCAGGUAAUGCAAUUUAUCCAGUCAUCACGGCCAACAAGGAAAAGACUUGCCGCAGAACUGACUCCGUACUACGAAAUACGAGACGAGCUCUCGGUAGUACAUGGGUUGCUUCUGCGCACAGAACGCGUUGUAGUGCCUGCCAAGCUAAGGGAUACAUUCAUCCAGUUAGCUCAUGAGUCACACCCGAGAAUUGUGAAGACUAAGCAACGCAUCAGGGAGAAGUACUGGUGGCCUUGCCUUGACAAGCAUGUGGAGGCCGCCGUCCAGAGUUGCAGCGCCUGUCAAGCCUCGGACAAGAGUGUCAAGAACUGGCAAGCCCCACUACAGCAUGUCCCGCUUCCUGACAAGCCUUGGGACAAAAUAUCAAUAGACAUCAUGGGCCCCUAUGAACGUGCACCGGCCGACUGUCGAUUUGUCAUCGUGGUAGUGGACUACUUCUCCAGAUGGCCAGAGAUUGCGUUCUGCAGUGACAUCACUUCUCGCACGGUGAUCAACUUUCUGCUUGCUGUCUUUGCGCGAGAGGGUUACCCGACUGAACUAGUCUCAGACCGUGGCCGACAGUUUACGCCGAGUGAAUUCGAGUGCUUCCUUGCAGACAGGGGCAUCAAGCAUUUCUUCUCGGCAGUUUACCACCCUCAAGCCAAUGGCUUAGUGGAAAGAUUCAACAGGGUCUUGAAAUCGUAUAUACAACUAGUUCUCCUAGAGCAGCGACCAAUCAAGACCACAGUUAUAGAGUACCUGGGUAUUUACCGAGCCACACCCCACAGCGCCACUGGCAUCUCUCCAGCAGUGUUGCUUCAUGGCCGCCACAUGAGGACAUCAUUAGAUGUUGUUGGCCAGCCAUCAGUGGAUUUCGGCACCCAUCCCGCCCGUGAACUGCGUAGACUUCGGCGUCGUGUCUGCGAAUACCAACAAAGAAAUAAGGCGUAUGCAGCCAAGCGAAGAGCAGCCCGGGAGCCCAAAUUUAAAGUGGGGGGCCUACGUGUGGGUGAAACGCCCAGCACCUGGAAUAAAAGGCACCCCUAG